AUGGAUAGAAAAGUUAGGAAACGAGCAUCUAGUGUUAAUACUACUAAUCCUGCUAUGAAGUUACUUGAAAAAAGAAGAUUGAUGUUUGAAGUUCAUGAGGCUUAUGAGAAUUAACUAUUCUAAUUUAAAUAAUAAGGUAAAUAUAUAUAUCAAGUUAUUUAUUAGAGGAGGACUUUAAGACAAAGGAAAAUGAGAUAAAAUAAAAAGAUGAAGAAAUUUAAACAGAAUUACUUAAAUUUUGUAAAGAAUUAUAAGUUAAUGAAACCAAAAAGAAAAAAGCCAUUAGUUUAUAUUAAAGUGAAAGAGCUGAAAAAGAAAAAAAAAUUAAGGAAAUUGCCAAAUUAUAACAUGAUUUGAGUUAAGAUUAAUAGAUAUUUGAAAAUGUGGAAAGAAAGGGUACAAUAAUUCAAAUUUAUAAGAAUAGCUGAGAGACUUAAAAAAUAUGUAGAAUAUUUAAAUAGUAUUAUUAAAGCCUAUCCUGAUAAAUAUUCUGAUCUUGAUUCAAUAACUGAUAGAUAUAAAAGACUUGUGAUUUCACAUUAAAUUUUAAAAUAAGAACAUGAAAAAAUGGAAACUGAUUGUGAAAAAAUGAAGUUUAUUAUUACACAAUAUGAAAAGGAAAAAAAUCAUGAAGUUUUAUAAUUGAAUAAUGAUAUUAAAGAAUAUCAAAAAUUAAUAGAAGAAAAAAUGAUUGAGAGAAAUUAAUUAUUAUCUGAAAAAGAAGAAGAAGAAAAUAGAAUCACUGAAGAGAAUUUGAAUCUUGGUAGAAUAUUUAUGGCUAUUGAUAAUAUAAACUAAAGAUGUUUAGAUGGUUAUUAAAAAAUUAAAUAAGAUUAUGAAGAUUAAAAUAAAGAAAAAGAUAAAGCUAUGAAAUAAAUAAGAGAAGAUAAGAAACUACUUAAAUAAUCAUAAGAUGAAGAGAAUUUCGAUGUUAAAUGUAAAUUAUUUAUAAAAUAUAUAUAUUAGGUUAAUAAGCUUCGAUUAAAUUAAAAUAGAUAGUAUAAAAUUUAAAUGAUUUUAAAAAGAUUAUUGAAGGUUGUAAAAAUGAAAUCAAAAAUAAAUAAAAAUGA